AUGGUCAAAGUCCUGAUCGCCCUCAGCGCGUUGGCCGCUGCCGUUUCGGCUGGCUCCAUCACGGACCUCCCCGAGUCUGUGACCAAGCACAUAGACUACUCCGCAAACCCCUGCGACGACUUUUACCAAUAUGCGUGUGGCGCGUGGUACAAUGAUGCUGUCAUCCCCCCAGGCAAAACCAAAACCGAUAUAGUGAUCUCCAAGAUCUCCAACCAUAACGAAGCCGUGGUGGAGAAGAUUUUGUCUGAAAACAAACCCAAGCUUGGAGAGUUUUACAACUCCUGUUUGGACACGGCUACGCUCUCGUCGCUCGGCGUGACUCCGUUGGCCGACUCGUUCAAAGCCAUUCGGUCGGCCAAUACCUCGUUGGAUCUCCUCAUCGUGGCUGGUGAAUUAGCUAAGAAUGGCAUCCCAGCCUUUCUCGACAUCGACGUGACAGGUGACGACGAAGACUCGACCAAGAACUAUUUCUUCGGUGACCAAGUCUACCAGCCGCUGUCUCGCUCGUAUUACACCAUUCCUUCUAAGUGGGCUACCAUCGUAGCCGACUACAAGGUGUACAUUGCGUCGGUGUUGCAGUUGGCUGGCUACACUGCCGAACAAGUGGCGGCUGCCGUGCCGGUGAUCAUCCGCUUCGAAAAAACUUUUUCGGGUGUCACCCUCAGAAAGCUCAAAGAGAUGGAGGUCGCCGAGUCUUCGUACACUGCGCUCACGUUUUACGAACUCGACCAGAAAUACCCGCUGAUGAUCGGCUCGUGGCUCAAGGCCAACGGCUUCAACGUCCACGACCAGUUCGGUGGGUCGAACGACUUGGUGCGGUUUCUCGAUUUGACCUACUUUGACAAGGCUGAAGCGUUCUUAAAGAACACGACGUUGGACACCCUCCGCACCAUCGUGGAGUACAAGCUCAUCCACACCUCGUCCACCCACCUGACCCCUGAAUUCCGCACGGCCAACUGGAACUUGUUCGGCAAGAAGAUUCGUGGCGAAGAGGUGGAACCUACUCGUGAACAGUUCUGCGUGUCUCAAACAGUUGCCACUGUUGGUGAAAUCUUGGGCAAGUACUUCUUAGACGCGGCGUGGUCGGCUGACACGGCCAAUACGGCCGACGAACUGGUCAAGGCCUUGAGGUCGUCCUUCUCCACUGGCAUUACAACCGCCGACUGGUUGGACAAUUCGACCCGCACCAACGCGCAAGCCAAGCUGUCCAAGUUUGUGCACGUGUUGGGGGGCCCGAAGAAGCCCCAGCUGUACCCUACGCUGACGUUUGACUCAAAGACGUAUUUGAACAACCGGUGGAAGGUAUCACAAGUGAACUUCGACACGAAAUUGAAGCUGAACGGCCAACCUGUGGACAGACAAAAGUUCGACAUGUCCCCCCAUUGGGUGAACGCGUACUACAGCCCCCCAUUGAACCAAAUGGUGUUCCCGGCCGGCAUUUUUCAAAACCCGUACUUUGACAGCCAGUUCGACGCCGCCCAGAAUUUUGGUGCCAUCGGGGUGGUCAUCGGACACGAAAUUACCCACGGGUUCGACAGCCUCGGCCGCUACUUCGACGGUGUCGGAGCGAUGAACUCGUGGUGGUCGGAUGCCACCGAUACUGCGUUCACCAAGAAGGCCCAGUGCAUCAGCGACCAGUACGCCAAGUUUGUCGUCGAGAGCGAAGUUACUGGCGAUGUGUUGGGCAACGUCAGCGGCAGCCUCACUUUGCGUGAAAACAUUGCCGACAACGGGGGGCUCAAGAUCAGUUUCCGUGCGUACCACGAGUACUUGAAGAAGUUCCCGUCGCAGUACACUGAAGAAGCUGGCGACAAGUUGUUUUACUUGUCGUACGCCCAAUCGUGGUGCUCCAAGAACACGGAUGCCCGCCUCACAAAGCAUUUGUCGAACUCGCACCCGCCCAAUCGAUUCCGCGUGAAGGGGGCGUUGCAAAACAACGAUGAGUUUGCCCGUGUGUUCCAAUGCCCCACCAACUCGACCUUGAACCCGUCCAAGAAGUGCUUGUUGUGGGAAUAG